UUGAACCCAAGUCAUGUGGAAGCCGUAUGAAGUCGAUGCGUCUCAACUCCUUCACAUGUUCUUCCCGGCUUCCAUCCUUCUUAAAUCCACACAAUGUUGCCAGAAUCGCCUCCUAUUCCACUCCAGAUUGCAUUUCGAACCAACUUUUAUCCGAAGAUCACAAUACCCAUUCAAAAUUUCUGCAAGUUUGCUUGCAGCACUGCAGGAGAAUCAAACCCCACAACCUGUUCGAUGAAAAGCCUAAACCAGUUCUGCAAGCAUUGAGAACAGCGAAGGUCAUUCAUUCGAAGAGUUUGAAGAUUGGAGUUGGGCUCAAUGGGCUACUAGGCAAUGCAAUUGUUGAUCUCUAUGUCAAAUGCGGCAAUGUGGAUUAUGCUCAGAAGGUAUUUUCCCGGCUGGAGAAGAAGGAUGUAUUUGCCUGGAACUCGGUGCUUUCUAUGUACUCUAAGCAUGGGUUAUUUGCAACUGUUGUUGAAUCUUUUGUGUCUAUGUGGAAUGAUGGGGUGCGGCCUAAUGAGUUCACGUUUGCGAUGGUUUUAUCUGCUUGUUCUAGGUUGUUGGAUGUUAACUAUGGUAGACAAGUGCAUUGUGGUGUUUUUAAGAUGGGGUUUGGGUUUAGUUCUUUUUGUCAAGGUGGGCUAAUUGAUAUGUAUGCCAAAUGCCAUGAUUUAAGAGAUGCUCGGUUGGUGUUUGAUGGGGCACUUAAUAUGGAUACUGUUUCAUGGACAGCCUUGAUUGCUGGGUAUGUUCAAGAUGGUUUACCUGAGGAGGCAGUCAAGGUGUUUGAUAGAAUGCAGACAGUUGGACUUGUACCUGAUCAGAUAGCGCUUGUAACUGUUAUAAAUGCUUAUGUUGCUCUAGACAGGCUUGGUGAUGCUCGUAAGUUGUUUGCCCAGUUGCCCAAUCCUAAUAUUGUAGCUUGGAAUGUGAUGAUUUCAGGGCAUGCAAAGAGAGGAUUUGCAUUGGAAGCUAUUUCGUUUUUUCUUGAAUUAAAGAGAACUGGCCUAAAAGCCACUAGAUCUACUAUAGGAAGUGUUUUGAGUGCAAUUGCUAGUUUAUCGAUGCUGAAUUAUGGCUUAAUGGUUCAUGCUCAGGUGAUUAAGGAAGGGUUACAUGACAAUGUGUAUGUAGGAAGUGCAUUGGUGAAUAUGUAUGCUAAAUGUGAAAAAAUGGAUGCUGCGACUGAAGUGUUCAAUUCUUUAGAAGAGAGAAAUAUCGUCUUGUGGAAUGCUAUGCUUGCAGGUUUUGCGCAGAACGGGCUUGCUCAUGAAGUGAUGGAUUUGUUCUCAUAUAUGAAACGGUAUGGACCUCAGCCUGAUGAGUUUACCUUCACUAGUAUUUUCAGUGCAUGUGCCUCCUUGCAGUAUCUCGAUUUCGGUCGUCAACUUCAUAAUGUUAUGAUCAAGAACAAGUUUGUAUCUAAUCUAUUUGUUGCAAAUGCGUUGGUAGACAUGUAUGCUAAAUCUGGGGCUUUAAAGGACGCAAGAAAACAGUUUGAGUUGAUGAAGAUUCAUGACAAUGUUUCAUGGAAUGCAAUAAUUGUAGGAUAUGUUCAGGAAGAGUAUAAUGGUGAAGCUUUCUUCAUGUUUCGAAGAAUGGUUUGCAAUGGAGCUCUUCCAGAUGAGGUGUCUUUAGCUACUAUAGUGAGUGCUUGUGCAAAUGUUCAGGAGUUGAAACCAGGGCAACAAUGUCACUGUCUCUUAGUUAAAGUUGGUUUAGAUACAAGCAUUUGUGCUGGAAGUUCCCUCAUUGACAUGUAUGUCAAGUGUGGGGUUCUUUCAGCAGCUCGGGGUGUCUUUUAUUCUAUGCCGUGUCGAAGUGUCGUCUCAGUAAAUGCUCUGAUUGCUGGCUACACUGUGAACCAUUUAGAGGAAGCUAUUUAUCUAUUUCAAGAGAUGCAGAUGGUUGGACUUAAACCUACGGAAGUCACAUUUGCUGGGCUUUUAGAUGGAUGUGAUGGAGCAUCUUUGCUGAAAAUAGGAAGGCAAGUUCACUGUCAAGUUAUUAAGAGGGGUUUUCUGUUAGGUAGGGAAAUGGUGUGUGUAUCUCUCUUGUGCAUGUAUUUGAGCUCCCAAAGACUCUCAGAAUCGGAAACACUCUUCUCUGAGUUGCAGUACCCAAAAAGUUUAGUUUUAUGGACUGCUUUCAUUUCAGGAUGUGCACAAAACAAUCACUAUGAGAAGGCUUUGCUAUUCUAUCAACAUAUGCGAUCCGAGAAUAUCUUACCUGACCAAGCAACGUUUGCGAGUGUUCUUCGAGCAUGCUCUGGAUUGUCUUCUCUACAAAACGGUCAAGAGAUUCAUUCCCUUAUCUUCCAUACGGGCUUUAACAUGGAUGAAAUCACCUGUAGUUCCCUUAUCGAUAUGUAUGCAAAAUGUGGUGAUGUUGGAAGUUCUGUUCAAGUUUUUCAUGAAAUGUGUUGUAGAAAUAGUGUUGUUUCUUGGAACUCCAUGAUAGUUGGACUUGCAAAGAAUGGCUAUUCAGAAGAAGCACUUGAAAUUUUCAGAGAGAUGGAGCAACAAUCUAUCAUGCCUGAUGAUGUUACGUUCCUUGGUGUUCUUUCUGCCUGUAGCCAUGCUGGAAGAGUGUUCGAAGGCCGAAAGAUCUUCGACGUGAUGGUUAGCCAUUACAGGUUACAGCCGAGAGUUGAUCAUUUGGGAUGUAUGGUAGACAUUCUUGGGAGAUGGGGUUUCCUUAAUGAAGCAGAGGAGUUCAUCAACAGACUCGGAUGCAAAGCGGAUCCGAUGCUCUGGUCAACUUUGCUCGGAGCUUGCAGAAAGCAUGGAGAUGAAGUUAGAGGGAGGCGUGCCGCUGAGAAACUUAUGGAAUUGAAACCACAAAGUUCUUCACCCUAUGUGCUGCUCUCUAGCAUAUACGCUGCAUCAGAGAAUUGGAAACAAGCCGACUCUUUAAGGAGGGAAAUGAAAUCAAAGGGAGUGAAAAAGUUGCCCGGAUAUAGCUGGAUAGAGCCAGGAAGAAGCGUACGAGGCAGCUCGUAUACGAUUCAGGAGCCAAACUCGAACACAAGGACUUAGGUGGUGAGUACUUAUUUAAUAGUCAGUCAUCCAUACUAAUGACUUAUCAACUGGAGACGGUGUGCAAUUGGUAAUGGAGAACAGUCACUCUUUUAAGGUAACAUUCUUUUCAAUGUCAUCUUCUUUGAUACUUGAAUGAUAUGCAGAUUUUCUUCUUCAUCGAAAGAAUAAGUCUCUAAUUAAUUCCUUAUUCACGAGUCUGUAAAUAGCAAAUGCUUAGAAAAAAUGGAUUUAGAUUCAUUUGUUUACAACAAUGACGGAUAAAAAUGCUUCUGUAGACUGUUGAGUUGUUGUGGAAAAUUUAAGGAAGUUUAGUG